AGAAUUUCACCCUCCGAGGUGGUUGCGCUGCUGCAAAGUUCUGGUAUUGAUCGGCGGAGCGAUUCAGUGACUGACUUGCGGAUUUUUCCAUAGCAUCACCCUCAAACGCCGUACGCUGACAGGACGCCACCUAACCUUACAAACAGCGGACAAGGAAACACAAAACAAAACACAGCACAGCACAGAAUGGCCACCGUAAUCCGGCUGAAGCGACGGGUCGAUGAGGACCCACUGAACGCGUUCGUGCUGAACUGCAAACGCCAGCGCGUCGGGGGAACCACUGGCGCCGCCGCCGCCGCCGCCGACGAGUCAAACGCAAACGCGGACGAAUCCUCAACGAUCCUGAAGUUUGCUGGCACAUUCACCCAGGCCGACGGGAUCAAGUCGCACCUCCAGAACAUUCACAAAGACCAGGCGAAGGAUGCAGUUUCGCGGGUGCACCGGCCAAACAUCAAGUCCCGGAACAGGCUGGCGGCAAAACAGAACGCACAGAACGACCGUUUCCGGAUUGUCAACUGCACGCGGUCGCUCACGGACGAGACGGAUGCCGUGGCGGAUGGUGGCAGCAUUCCGUCCUUGACCACGAUCGUUGACGUCGAACGGGACGCGGUGACCGUACCGUCGUCGUUGCCGUCCCUAGACCCGAUGACGAGUGUCGUUCCACAGCCAAACACAGCCCAGUAUCAGCAGCCAGCGACGGUGGAAAAUUAUUCGUACGAAAACGGGGUCCACUACGUGUAUGACCUGUACGUGGCCGAUACGAGCCAGUCCGCUGGCCACAGCACUUACUUCACCGACAAUCUGGACGAUCUCAGCGUCAUGGUUUGUGAGGAUCCACUGUAUGCGUGCCACCGAGGGGGAUUGGAUUCCGACGAUUCGAGCGACACCGAUUCGGAUGACUCGAAUGCCGAAAGCCACUGGCGGAACGAAUACCCGGACGAAGAUGACGACGCGCGGGUCGACGGUGGCAGCAUCGGCGAGGAUGACAUGCGCCGCGCGGUGGAGGAGCUCGAUUUGGAUGGUGAGCGGGAGCUUUCGUCGGACGACGACGACGAUGGCCUUGUGUACCCCAAGGACGACGGCGGUGUCCUGUACACGGACGAAGAGGAGGACUCGCAGAGUGACACGGAGAUCGAUCGGGAGGACGUGAGACGGUACGGAACGGCCUACGCUCGCUACAAGGCACGCGUCUUGCGCACUAUGGAAGGACGUGAUGAAGAAAGCAGCAGCACCAGCUCGGAAGAAAACUUUGAUCUUUACGACUGAGAAGCCGACAUUGGAGAUUGGUGUGCUCUUAU